ACGACUCGCCCAGCAAUGGUCCGAAAAACGGAGCCGAAGCGCACGCGGUGAUUGGCUGGAAUGGUGGUAGAUUGCGCCCAUCGAUUGGCUCAGAAAUGGACCAAUGGGGCUUCAGCAGCCGUGCACCUCCUGUAAAAGCGCGAGGACGGAGCCCGAUGCUCCCAGUUCGCGUUCGGCGCUCCGUGGUGCCGUUGGUGCUUCGUCCUCCUCGUCUACGUCAACCGCGGGGCCGCGCUCAGGUGGUGAGGUGGGACCGAACCGGGACCUUCAGCACCCUUAUGGUGCCUCCAUAGGAGCCCGCGCAGUUCUCCCCUCUCUGAAACCACUCCCCAUUGAGGAUCUCCGUAGCAUCCUCUGGUUUAGAGGGUAACUGUGACACCCACCCACCCCCCUCCACCCUGCCCAAGCUGCCGGCAUACAGUGGUGGAGGGAGUGUAUUGCCUGGUGUUACACUCUGCCAUGACUGCAGAGAUGGAGAGUGAGCAGCGAGCUGAGCAAGGUGCUGAGCAGUACCAGUGCUGUGGGCUCCUGCAGCAAGACCUGACAGAGCUCUGUGCCUGGGCUGGCAUCACCUCUGUCCCCAGGGUCACUGUGCGGCCUUCCUGUGCAGCAACUGAGGGUGCAGAGUCUUGCAGACUGGGAGAGCGCUGCAUCCAAGUGGAGCUGCAGAAUGACAGCGACCCCCGGAGUGUCUGUGGGGUCUUCUUGCGAGGCUGGAAAGUGGAAGAAGAGAUGCUGGGUGUGCUCAGCAAGUGCCUGCCUGCCCUGGGCAACCUGAAGGCCCUAAACCUCUGGAGCACUGGGCUGACUGAUCACAUACUGCCUGCGCUGGGCGUGAUGGUGGCAAGGUGCCCCCGGCUCUGGUCGCUCACCCUGGAGGGGAACCCUUUGCCAGAGCACUCCUUCCAUAUGCUGAUGGGGGCCAGCAGCACGCUGUCCCACCUGUCUCUGCGCAACAACUGCAUUGAUGACAGGGCUGCACGACUGCUGGGACAGGGCCUCUCCAGCAUGAGAUCAUCCAACCACAGCUUGCUGUCACUGGUCCUCAGCUUCAACCGCAUCUCUGACGUGGGUGCAGAGCACAUUGCUGAGCUGCCCAUGCCCCUUCCCAUCACCUUUCUCAUCCCCCCCCCUCAGGGGCUGCGCUGGAACCGCUCACUGCUCUCCCUGUCCUUGGCCCACAACCACAUUGGGGAUGCAGGGGCAGUGAAGCUGGCAGAGGUGCUGCAGCCCUUCAAGCUGAGGCACGAGGAGGUGGUGGAGCGGAGACGGCUGCUGAUGGAGGAGCAGGGACAGCCCCGUGCAGCUGAAUCCAGCAAUGGGCAUGCCCUGAGCCUGCAGGGCAGUGCAGCUGCAGACAAGCUGUCUCAAGCCAAACAGCGCACAGGCACAACCAAAAAGAAGGAGCUGCUGCGGAAGGACAAGAGCAAGCAGACCAAGAAGUCUACGGCCCCUUCAGACUCCCGACGCAGCCGCAGCCGUGGUGCAAAGGGUAGCAUCGAGGAGCAGCAGGGAGCUGAAGCAGGGGAUCUAGCUGAGCCCAGCCACCCACUGCUGGAGCCAGGCUUGCACUCUGGUGGGAAUAUCAUCCUGCCUGGGAACCUGGUGCUGCUCAACCUCAACCUGUCCCGUGAGUGUGGGGCUGGGGGGGCCUGGCUGCAGCACUGCCCUAUUCCCAUCUCGUGUCCUCCCCCUGCAGACAACCACAUCACAGAGCGAGGCCUGGGCGCAUUGCUGGCUGCGGUGGAGGAGCAGGAGAAGCAGGAGGGAGCUGGGGGAAAACAGGGGCUGCGCUGCCUCUCGCUGAAUAGGAACAGCUUCUCCAGUGCCUGUGCCGCCUUCACCCGGCUCCAGGAGCUGCUGCUGCAGCGGGACCCCCUCCCCAAGCCUGCGGAGGAUGAGGAAGAGCACAGCCAGGAUCCCUGAGUGCCACGAGAAGCAGCGCUUUUCUGGGCUUUUUAAAAAUAAAUUUAUUUUUAAAUUAUAGUUUUCCAUGGGGGGUGGAAACAAAAAACUGCUGAUAGCAGCAGCGCGAAUCCCAGGAAGGAAGG